AUGUCCUCUGUAAUAUCUUGUGAAAGUGAAGAAGCAAGCUUCAAGAUCAAUUCCAACUUUGAAUUCACACCACUUCCUGAAAUGAAACACAAAUGUGGACAUCCUACAUGUUAUCAAACCUUAGAUGAUAAUGAUAGUAAAAUUCUUCUUCUGGCUUUCUUUAUUUCACAGGAUUAUACACUCACCAUGUAUUUCCAGCAGUCUUGGAAAGACAAAAGGCUUUCUUAUUCUGGAAUCCCACUAAAUCUCACCCUAGAUAAUAGGGUAGCUGACCAACUCUGGGUACCAGACACCUACUUUCUGAAUGACAAGAAAUCAUUUGUGCAUGGGGUCACAGUGAAAAAUCGAAUGAUUCGACUGCAUCCUGAUGGAACAGUUCUCUAUGGACUCCGAAUCACAACCACAGCUGCAUGUAUGAUGGAUCUUCGAAGAUAUCCACUGGAUGAGCAGAACUGCACCCUGGAGAUUGAAAGUUGUGAGUUACUUGGACAGGGGAGUGAAAAGGAGGGAUGCUUCCUUGACCCAAUGGAAUUCAGCUUCUCACUGAGUUAA